AGUAUGUGGCAAAGCCUUUAAGUUUUGCUCAAGCCAAAAGGCACAUCAAAUGAUGCAUUCUGGAGAGAAACCUUACAGAUGUAAAGAAUGUGAGAAAGUCUUUACAAGGAGUUUAACUCUGAGGGAACACCAGAGAAUUCACUCCAGGGAGAAACCUUACAAAUGUAGUGAAUGUGACAAAGCCUUUAUGUGGUCUUCAGACCUCAAGAGGCAUCAAGGCAUUCACUCUGGAGAGACACCUCACAAGGGUGAAGCAUGUGAAAAAACCUUUUGGAAUAUGUCAGACCUGAAGAGGCAUCAGGUAAUUCACAGUGGAGAGAAACCUUACGAAUGUCAAUUGUGUGGCAAGGCAUUUAAGCGGUGCUCAACUCUAAACAAACAUCGGAGGAUCCAUUCUGGAGAGAAGCCUUAUAAAUGUAACCAGUGUGACAGAGCCUUUGUGGGCUCCUCAAACCUGAAGCGACAUCAGGUCAUUCACUCUGGAGAGACACCUCACAAGUGUGAAGAAUGUGACAGAGCCUUUAGGCGUUUCCCAGAUCUGAAGCAACAUCAGCUAAUUCACAAUGGAGAGAGAUCUCACUAAUGCGAAGACUGUGGCAAAGCCUUUAAGAGGAGCUCAAACCUGAACCAACAUAAAAAAAUCCAUAUCGGAGAGAAGCCUUACAAGUGUAGUGAAUGUGCCAAAACGCUUUUGUGCUCCUCAGCCCUGGAGCAACAUCAGAGAAUGCACACUGGAGAGAAGCCGUACAGAUGCAGAGCGUGUGACAGAGCCUUUAGGAGGUCCUCACAUCUGAAGCAGCAUCAGAGGAUUCACUGUGGAGAGACUCCUUACAAAUGUAAAUUGUGUGGCAAAGCCUUUAUCAGGUACUCAACCCUGAACAAGCAUCAGGAAAUCCAUACCAGAGAGAAACCUUACAAAUGUGAUGAAUACUGUGACAAAGCCUUUCUGUGGUCAUCAGACCUGAAGCGACAUCAGGUCAUUCACUCUGGAGAGACACCUCACAAGUGUGAAGCAUGUGAAAGAGCCUUUCGGCGUUUCUCAGACCUGAACCAACAUCAGAGAAUGCAUACGGGAGAGAAGCCUUACGAAUGUAAAGUGUGUGGCAAAGCCUUCAUGUGGUCCUCAAGCAGGGAGCAACAUCAGAGAAAGCACACUGGAGAGAAACCUUACAAAUGUAACGAAUGUGACAAAGCCUUUAGGUGGUCAUCACACCUGAAGCGACAUCAGGUCAUUCACUCUGGAGAGACACCUCACAAGUGUGAAGAAUGUGACAGAGCCUUUAGUUAUUUGUCAGACCUGAAGCAACAUCAGAUGAUUCACUCUGGAGAGAAACCUUGUAAAUGCAAGUUAUGUGGCAAAGCCUUUAAGAAGUGCUCGAUCCUGAACCAACAUCAGAAAAUCCACACCAGAGAGAAAUCUUACAAAUGUAAUGAAUGUAACAAAGCCUUUCUGUGCUCCUCAAGUCUGAAACAACAUCAGAGGAUGCAUACUGGGGAGAAACCUUACAAAUGUAGUAAGUGUGACAAAGCCUUUAAACCUGAAGCAACAUCAGAUAAUCCAUAA